CAAAUACUGCACUUCUCGAUAAGCCACCCGCUUAUUUAUACCCCAGCAACGCCGUCUCAUACACAUCCCCAUCUAAACACCCUUCUUUUUCCUCUCCAUAUCUCAUGCAUUGCCCAAAAGCAUCAUCACCCCAAAGCUAUGCCUCAGAUUUUAGCGAUUGCAUUGGCAUGGAGAGUUGUUUUGACCUAACAACUGAUGAUGAUGAUGAUGCAGUGGCAUUGAGUAAAGGGUGUGGUGGGAGUGGUGGUGGUGUUGGGGAGAGAGAUCUACGGUGGGGGAUGAAGAGAGAGAAGAGAGAGAAGCAUUAUCCACCGCCCAUGCCAUCGCUGGCACGUACCGGGAACUUGCCGUCACACAUGCCGUGGGUGUUGAAGAAAUGCUACACCGGCGAUGGAAGAUUGGUAAUAACAGAAGAGAAAGUGAAGCAUCACGGGUACUUCAGGGCUCACAGAUCCAAUGGCCGUCUCACUCUGCAUCUCGUUCCCCUGGACGACGGCGUUUUGGAUUCUCAUGAUGACAAUGAAGUGUUUCAAGAAGAAGAAGAAAAGAUGAAUGAUAUUGUCGAAGCCCAGUAUGAUAAGAACACCAAUCAGUCUGAUCACGAUGAUAAUGAUGAGAAUGAGAGUGGUGAUGAGGGGGAAAAUGGAGGGGCAGUGGUGUUGCCGGAGGCAAUGAUUAGGUCGCCGGACGAUGCUGGUUUGAGUAUUAUGGGGGGUGGCGGUGGUGGGGGUGGCGGCAAUUUUUACAACUACGGUAGUCUGAGAUCGAGCUCGUGUAUGCUUG